GUGUGUACAUGUUUCCAGCAGAGGGCAGCAAUACCACGAAGCAGCAGCAGCACUAGUAGAAGGAGGAGGCCUCAGGCUACUAAUGCUGCCGCUUCUUGUUGUUGAUGCUGAGGAAGCUUCUCCUCGACUUCUGCAUCUGAAAGGAAGGAGGAGAGAGCACUAGCGACUUCCUGUCACAGCCGUACGCCGCCGCCUGCUGCCUCUCGCUGAGGCUUCUGGCUUCACGUACCGGGGAAGAAUAAGCCUCUGUGGCGGGUGCAUGAAUUUAAAAUGAAACUCCAGGAACCAGCUCCAGUAUCUGAGGUAGCAGCAGCAAUAGCAGCAGCAGCAGCUUUCAUACAUGCAGACUGUUCCCAGCAGAGGCUUUAGCUUCUGUUCUCGCUGCCUCUCUGCGGCCAGGAGCGACAGCCGAGGCUCGGAAGCACCACCGCUCUUGCCGCCGCAAACGGAGCGGUUGCUGAUGGCCCUAAGGUUCGGCCUGGCCCGUACCAGUAAGACUCUCAACAUUAUCGGAGAAUACUACCAGUAGCAGUCCGUGUGUUGGCUAGGAGGCUAACGGUAGCUGCGAGCACCAGAGAGGAUAACAGCACCGACAGUCGGAGCGGGAGGCCGGAGGAAGCCCAGCAUCGUCCCGUGUAUGGUGCUGUAUGUUCGGUGGGAGUGGAUGAGCAGCGAACGGAGCAGAAGCUGACCCAGAGAACAUGGCUGUCCUCAAACUGUCCGAGCAGCCCCCUCUGAUCCAGGCCAUCUUCAGUGGAGACCCUGAGGAAAUCCGUCUGCUCAUUUACAAAUCUGAAGACAUUAAUGCUCUGGAUCCCGAGAAACGAACACCGCUGCACGCGGCAGCUUUCCUGGGCGAUGCUGAGAUUACUGAGCUACUCAUCCUCUCUGGGGCAAGGGUCAACGCCAAAGACAACAUGUGGCUCACUCCUCUGCAUCGCGCGGUGGCGUCUCGGAGUGAGGAGGCGGUGCGAGUUCUGAUCCGACAUUCGGCGGACGUCAACGCUCGGGACAAGAACUGGCAGACGCCGCUGCACGUCGCCGCCGCCAAUAACGCUUUGAGGUGUGCCGAGGUCAUCAUCCCACUACUGAGCAGCGUGAACGUGUCGGACCGCGGCGGACGAACUGCCCUGCACCACGCUGCCCUCAAUGGCCACACUGAGAUGGUGAACCUCCUCCUCAGCAAAGGAGCAAACAUCAAUGCCUUCGACAAGAAGGAUGGACGCGCGCUGCAUUGGGCAGCGUUUAUGGGUCACCUGGAUGUGGUGUGUCUGCUGGUGAGUCAGGGGGCGGAGAUCAGCUGUAAAGACAAACGUGGUUACACCCCACUGCAUACGGCGGCCUCUAGUGGACAGAUUAAUGUGGUUAAACACCUGCUCAACCUGGCCGUGGAGAUUGACGAGUCGAACGCGUUUGGCAACACGGCGCUCCACGUGGCCUGUUUCAACGGCCAGGACGCCGUCGUGAGUGAGCUGAUCGACUACGGCGCCAACGUGAGUCAACCCAACAACAAAGGCUUCACGCCGCUGCACUUCGCCGCCGCGUCCACACACGGCGCCCUCUGUCUGGAGUUCCUGGUCAACAACGGAGCGGAUGUCAACGUGCAGAGCCGGGACGGGAAGAGUCCUCUUCACAUGACCGCGGUCCAUGGACGCUUCACUCGUUCACAGACCCUCAUACAGAAUGGUGGCGAGAUUGACUGCGUGGACAAAGAUGGUAACACUCCUCUUCACAUCGCCGCCCGCUACGGUCACGAACUCCUCAUCAACACGCUCAUCACCAGUGGAGCCGACAGUACAAGAAGAGGAAUCUACGGAAUGUUCCCUCUUCACCUGGCUGCUCUGAACGCUCAUGCUGACUGCUGCAGGAAGCUGCUCUCCUCAGGUCGUAGGUUUAUGAUGUGUGUUGACUCGGUCCUGUCUGCAGGAUUUCAGAUCGACACGGCCGACAGUUUGGGGAGAACCUGUCUUCACGCUGCUGCUGCUGGAGGCAACGUGGAGUGCGUGAAGUUGCUCCUCAGCAGUGGAGGAGAUCACAACAGGAGAGACAACUGUGGCAGGACUCCGCUCCACUACGCAGCAGCGAGUCGCCACUAUCAGUGUCUGGAGACCCUCGUCGCCUGUGGCACCGCUAUCAAUUCUACUGACCAGUGGGGGCGCUCGGCGCUACACUACGCUGCUGCCUCAGACCUGGACAGAAGGCGUCGUGUUGCUCUGGAGCCAGAGCUUGAAGGAGUCCAGGCUGAAAGGGAAAAGGAGGCGGGGCUAUGUUUGGAGUUUCUGCUGCAGAGCGGAGCGGCCUUUACGCUCAGAGACAAACAAGGUUACAGUCCGGUCCAUUACGCCGCCGCCUACGGACACAGGCACUGCCUGGAGCUGCUGUUGGACAGAGACGACAGCCACAGUGAUAACCCAGAGUCUGUGAAUGCCAAAAGUCCGCUGCAUCUAGCUGCUUAUCACGGCCAUGCUCAGGCUCUGGAGGUCCUGCUGCAGGGACAGGGGCAGAGGCACGUGGACCAGGGAGACGACGUGGGCAGGACUCCGUUGGCCCUCGCCGCACUGCGGGGCCACAGCGACUGUGUUCACACGCUCCUCAGCCAAGGGGCUUCGCCGCACACCGCUGACAAACAGUACUGUCGAACGCCGGCCCACUUGGCAGCAGUGAUGAAUGGCCAUACGACGUGUGCUCGCCUCCUGCUGGAUGAAUCGGACGGAGUGGAGCUUGUAGAUGCUGCGGACUCUCAGGGCCAAACCCCACUGAUGCUGGCGGUGGCAGGAGGACAUGUAGAUGCCGUGUCACUGCUGCUGGAGAGGGAUGCUAAUGUUAACUUCGCCGAUAACCAUGGCCUCACUGCGCUGCACCUGGGGCUGCUGUGUGGUCAGGAAGAGUGUGUCCAGUGUCUGCUGGAACAGGAAGCCUCUGUUCUGCUCGGAGACUCCCGGGGUCGAACCGCCAUCCACCUGGCCGCGGCCCGAGGCCACGCCUCCUGGCUGAGCGAACUGCUGAGCAUCGCCUGCUCUGAGCCGUCGUCACUGCCGCCCCUGAGGGACAACGGCGGAUACACACCGCUGCACUGGGCCUGUUACUACGGUCAGGAAGGGUGUGUAGAGGUCCUGCUGGAGCAGAAAGGCUGUCGCUGUAUCGAUGGAAACCCCUUCACUCCUCUGCACUGCGCCGUGGUGAACGAUCACGAGGCCUGUGCGUCCCUGCUGCUGGAGGCCAUGGGCUCAGACAUUGCAGGCUGUAAGGACGCCAAGGGCAGAACUCCUCUUCAUGCUGCAGCCUUCGCGGGUCACGUGGACUGCGUCCAGCUUCUUCUGUCACACGACGCGGCCGUGGAUGAUGCCGACCAAUCAGGUCGCACGCCGCUGAUGAUGGCUGCAGAGAAGGGCCGAGUGGGAGUUCUGGAGGUGCUGUUGGGCAACGCAAACCUGAGCCUGACGGACAAAGAGGGCAACACAGCUCUGCAUCUGCCUUGCAGUAAAGGAAAGGAAGACUGUGUGUUAUUGAUCCUGGAGAAACUGUCCGACAUGACGCUCAUCAACGCAACCAACGCAGCGCUGCAGACUCCACUGCACCUGGCAGCCCGUAGUGGCCUGAAGAAGGCGGUACAGGAGCUUCUGUCCAGAGGCGCCAACGUUCAGACCGUAGAUGAGAACGGUCUGACGCCUGCUCUGGCUUGUGCUCCUAGCAGAGAGGUGGCUGACUGUCUGGCUCUCAUUCUGGCUACCAUGAUGCCUUUCUGCUCCCCUUGCAGCUCAGGGGCGCCCUCCCCAGGCUCCCUGCUGAGACAACUGCCCCACCCGGGUGGGAAAGGCCCAGGCGUUGGCCCUCGGGUGCCUCGAAGCCCCAGAAACCGAUCUGGACCCUCCAGUGAGGGAACGACAGAGAACGACUCGGAGGACUCUGAAACUUUCUGACGACUCUGAAGUGACUCUCUGCUCUUCUACCUCCCACUGCUCACCUGAACGUGACGUUAUUUAAAACAGAGAAACUUCUUCCUUGAAUACGAUGCAGCAUUUUAA